AUGUUGAGCAAAGAAAGAACGCAAGCAACAGCAGAAAAUCUCAACGCCAUCUUCGUCGGGUCGGUCGGGUUGCGAGCGCAGAAUCUUGUUGCACUAAUCCACUUCGGCUCGCGGAUUGCUGCGAUUAAAAUCGGUUUUUGUUACGUUUUUUCAUCAAAUUUCAAAGUUUAAAAUGUGAAUGUUUUUCGAAAGUUCGUAAAUCUACCAAAUCGAAUAUCGGUUGGGUGGUGCAUUGGCGUCCUUAUCUGUGUGCUGUGUUUUCUUGUUUUGGCUUGAGAUAAAAAACAAGUUCCGAAGCAACGACAAGUUGUGCAUAGUGUUUGAUUCGGAUAUCGCUUGCUUGGUUGGGGUAACAAAAUCGAAGUGCGUGAAGGCGGAAGUGAAGAAAGAACUAGCUCAACAAAGUAAAAAUUGUAGUGCCUUAUCGAUCUCGUUGCGAGUUCUAAGAAGUUCCUAUCUAUUGUGGUGAUAAAACGUGAAUAUAAAAAUUUCAAAUUUUCGACUUCGUAAAAAGGGUGGAGCAGUGUAGAAGUGAAACAAGAAGAAGUUGCAUGCAAAUUGCCCCGCAUACUGAGUUUCGUUUGGAGCCGUAAGAAGAAGCAGCAUCUUAGCAAGCGGAGCAAAUAUAAAACAACAACAGCGCACUUGGAUUUACUGGAAGAAUAAAAAAUUCUCAAUCGGAUUGCUUUGUUAGCCGGUGGGAAACUCCACUCAGGCGGAAUAAAGAAAAAAUCUAAUUAAACCCUGACGAGUUCGGAUCUGAGAUCGUUUUGCUCGGCUCCUUUCCCUCAUCCACGUUCCUCUCGGCCGUGGGUAUCUCCGAUCAGAAUCAUUCGCUUGAACCGAGAAAAAUCAGGGAGAAGAAAAGUCAAUCCAAGUAACCCGCAGCAGCAGCAGCGGCAGCAGAACACACCGUCCAGAUGACGGCGAAUAAAGAGGUCUAUCACGAAGGCUGGCUGAUCAAAUCGCCUCCGACGAAGCGAAUCUGGCGAGCGCGAUGGCGACGUCGUUGGUUCACGCUGAAGCAGGGCGAGCUGCCGGGUCAGUAUGUGUUGGAGUACUACACGGACCGCAAGUGCCGGAAGCUGAAGGGAAUCAUCGAUCUGGACCAGUGCGAACAGGUGGACGCCGGAUUGCGGUUGGACCGACAGAAGGAGAAAUAUGCCCACAUGUUCGACGUGAAAACUCCCACGAGAACUUACUAUCUGGCGGCGGACACCGAGGAAGACAUGCGCGGAUGGGUUAGCUGCAUAUGCCAGGUGUGUCAGUUGCAGGAGACGCAGACUAAUGAGGAAGCGAGGCCGUACUACAACAUCAGUGCGAUCAAUACGGGCGAUGCGACAAACAUGGCAACGGAUGUUCCUGGACAUGGUGAUCAGCAACAGUUCCAGCAAGAACAUUCAAAUGAUACCGAUGUGUCGUUUCUGAACCACUCGUCCCUAGGAGAGGUUCAUGAAGUUCAGCCUCAGCCGAGACAAUCGCUAAUGUCAGGAUACAACCCAUAUGGAACGUACCAGAACGAAGAGAUGCUGAACUUCCGUGCCUCGGAGUACAGCAACAGGGAAACUAUCAUCAGUGAUUCCAAAUUGAGCCAAAAUCAUUCAGCUGUAAGGAAUAACAGCGUAGAGGCCUACUCGAACUUAGGUACAAUCGAACGGUCCCAAUCGCUCCGAGGUAAGCCAUCUACCCCUGAAAAACCUGCUUCCGCGCCAAUUCCAGUUGGGAAUCAUAUGCGAACUCAAUCUCUUAACACUGAUCAAAAAACCAUAGCUUCCGUUGUGGCGAACAGUGUAAAGAAGAUACCCGAAAACUUAAAGCUGAGCGAUCGGAUGACCGCCGCCGGAGGCUUCGAAAGUGGAACCGAACAACCUUCUCCAGCGCUAAGCACUUCCUCCGGUCCCUACAUUCCGAUUCACGAAUGCUUCUCCGGUAGUCCGAUGCUGCAUUCGCCAAUCACCCCACUCAACUCGUUGGAUCCUCGAUUCUACGACACCCCCCGAAGUCAUCCCAGUUCCGGGUUUAAUCUUAUCAGCACCGAGCAACCGUACUCUCCGAAACGUAGCAACGUCAGCGGAUCCGUUCCUCAAGCCAACGCCAACAAAACAAUCCGGAGCGGAAAAUCCAGCCCGUCGGAUUCGGAAAGCGUCUUCACGGAUGACGAGAGUGCUGCGCCGGCUGCGUCGGAUACCCCGCGGACGAAGGAUCGCAACACCCGGCCGUCGGAUAGUUCCAUCGAGAACGAUGCCAUCGGGUGGACGUACGUGCAGCGAUUCGCCCGGGUUUCGCAAGAUGACCACUCCAAGGCAGCUGCUGCAGGAUUGCCACCGACCGCAGCUCCACCCAGACCACCAAAGAGAACUAGCCUGAUUUUGGACAGUAUUGAAAAGCACAAAGAAAUCCAAUCUUCGGACACGGAAAACGCUUCCCCGGCAAUUGGCCCGAAAGAUGCUACUUCGUGCAUAGAGCAAUUCUACGACAUCCCCCGUUCGCACCAACCCGGCCAGUAUCCGGGCGGAAGCAGCAUGAUGCACCUCCCGGACACGGAUCUACUUUCGCCGCUUAGUCAGUGUGACCUGAUCGCUUCCAGCACGCCCAAUUUGAUGGUGAGCAGCGAGAAUCCGAAUGGGAGCCAAUGCGGAACGCUGGGCCGCGGGACGCUUCGACCGCAUUGCUACACCAAUGCCGCACCGCAACGCGUCGAGGGCAACGUGUUUCGGUUCGAUUUUAGCGAACAGGGUGACGCACCGGCAAUCAAUCGAAAUUUGAAACCAAAAUCGACCGUCGACAUUACCAAAUCUAUCGAAAGCGUUAGCCAAACGAUGAAGCAGGUCAGUUUAACUCCGGCGAUGGUCAAUGUUCCGACCACGCCGGCCUUGAAGAAUCCGCCCCCUACGGUGGAUCGAACGAGGAAGCCAACCACUCCGCAGAUUGGCACAAACUCAAUGCGACGCAAGGGAGGACCCAUGUCUCUCAAUAUUCAAAAUCACAAAGAGAAUGUGUACGGAAACACGCAGGAACACAGCAUGCAGCAUCUAUCAGGCAUUUCGCCGCGUACACCCGGUAAAACCGACGACCGUCUGCAGUACCUCGAUCUGGAUCAUUCGAACAGCCCUCAAAAGUCCUCCAAUCACCAUCAUCAUCACCACGGUGGCAUCGGUAGUGGUCAGUCGGCAGGCUCACACCAAAUCGGUAGCAACGGUAUGGGUGGAUCCAGCAGUCUUGCUCCGCCGCCAGUUGCUCGCACACCGUACACAACGGUUGACUUCGUAAAAACUGACGCUCUGAAUCGAAUCCGUGAGGAUUCGGAGGCCAAUCGCAAGCUUAAGGACUAACUCCCCGGGGAAUGUAAGUACCUUCCGGAGAGUAAUUGGCUAUCGAAUUUGAACGCACAAUCGAGAACGCAUAUUCCUAUCUACUUCUAAAUCCUAUCUUCUAAAAGUGCAAUUAACAAUGCCUUAUUAUACGUAAUCGAAACAAAUGUUUUAAGGUAGUAGUAGCUCGAAUGCACCGAUUUUCACAAUUAUUUUUCAUAAUCAAGAUUAGAUGAAUUAGAUUUCUGUGAUUUCGAGAGAAACAAACGCACAAGCAUGCGCGUUUCUGAAAAAAAAAAAACGAAACGAACACCGACGUGAGUCGGGCAAAAAAUAUCAUAAACAGGACGCGAGCGCACAAAGUGAAGCGAACAAGUAUUUCUUUAGAAAAAAAAACUAGAACGUAAAAGUUUAGCAAAUGAGAAUCAGUGGUGAAAGUUUUAUAACGUAUUCGAUUUUAACCGACCCACAAUAUGAUGAAACAGUAUAGUUUUCAAUUCUACCAAAACUAGGAAAUUGGCUUUCAAUUGCACGUUUUGGAAGCUUUCAUUAUAUUGUCGUUUGAUUGUGUUUCGCAGUUUUAACAAAAUUACUAGGCAUGCGUUGAUGUUUAGAUAACCCUUCCAGUAUCAUCUACGGUUGAAAAUACAUAGAUGCAAAAGAAAUAUGUAAUUCCCUUAGACCCAAUUUUAUAGUUACACUUUACUUGGUUUUAUUAAGAAAAAACAUCUAUGAGAUAACGAUGAAAAAGUUGAUGGUGAGAAGGGAUAUUAUUUUAGUAAUGAAUGACCAUUGUUAGCUGAUACUCAUUUAUGUCAAACGAUAUAUGCACGUACAUACAACAUUUCAAUAGAUGAUAACUUAACCCUA